ACGUGACAGAAGCUGACAGCUCAGGAAAAAUACUAACAUGGCGGUGUGCAUAGCAGUGAUCGCAAAGGAGAAUUACCCCCUGUAUAUCCGCAGUGUGCCCUCUCAAAAUGAGCUUAAGUUUCACUAUACAGUGCACACCUCACUGGAUGUGGUGGAGGAGAAGAUCUCAGCGGUGGGCAAAUCCUUGGGAGAUCAGAGAGAGUUGUACCUGGGUCUGCUUUACCCAACUGAAGACUAUAAAGUAUAUGGAUAUGUAACCAACUCCAAGGUGAAAUUUGUAAUCGUUGUGGACUCAUCAAAUACAUCAUUGCGGGAUAAUGAAAUAAGAAGUAUGUUCAGAAAAUUGCACAACUCUUUCACUGAUGUAAUGUGCAACCCAUUCCACAAUCCUGGGGACCCCAUCCAGUCCAAGGCCUUCAAUGGGAUCGUUUCUGGAAUGAUGAUUCAAACUGGCUGACGUCCUUCUUCCUGCCCUUCUGUUUAGCAUCCACUGUACAUUCACCCUGUAGUCUUGUUUACAUGUUGUUUUGAUUAUUGAACUGUAAAAUUGAGAGUAAACUUGGUCUUUGCAUAUGA